AUGCUACAAAACAAUCGACGCAUUUGCCAUAGCAGUUUACAAUUUGAGGCCUCUGCUAAUGUCCUGUUAUUGUUUCCUUAUUCUAAUAUAAUAAUUUUUGGAAUUGUUUUAGGUUUGUUAUCUGCUGUGUUGGAAGUUUAUUUCAAAGGCAAAGUAUCAGAUAUCAAAAUAAUACCAAUUAGUAUUAGUUACAGCCGCAUCCUUGAAGAAAAGCUUUAUGCUUAUGAAUUACUUGGUGUCCCCAAACCUAAAGAGUCAACUUAUGGUCUCUUCAAAGCAAGAGGUGUUUUAUUUGAAGAUUAUGGCAAUAUUCAUGUUCAUAUAGGUGAAGCUAUUUCAGUCAGUAGUUUCAGUGAAAAUGUAAUUAACAGAGAAAUUCACAACUUACUGCCACGAUACAUAAGCUCUGUCUCAUUGGGAGAACAGAAGCUCAUUAUGCGACUUUCCUACCAGAUACUUCUAUGCCAACAAAAAUACUUUGUUGUCAGCCCAUGGUCCAUGAUUGCUGCUGUUCUCAUGCAAAAUAAAGAAGGUAUAUCUUUCAAGCAACUUGUGAAACAAGUGGAAUGGCUGAAAAGACAGGCAUCUAAUUUAGGUGCUUACAUUGAUUGGCCAGGGCAUGAACCUGCUGAAAGUGUAACUGCUAGACAACAU